GAGGACAUAAACAAAGUACCGUGUUGGCGCACACCGCGGUGGUUAUUCAAUCAAUGUAUCCUGCGCUUUACAUAAUCCCGCUCGCUCUCGGUGCAUUUCAGUUGGCCAAUCAGCACGCCAAACUAGCGGCUUUCGGUGGUGGUUGUGGUCAUACGAGUGGAUUGCUCCCUUGGACAACGCUUGCAGGGUUAACUACCGUUCGGAUGGCGGCCUCGGAAGAACGUACCUAUCCGACCACCUUGGAAGGAUUCGGAUACGGAUUUAAUGAAGAUGGAAAAUUGCGUCAAAUAGAUAAGGAAACGGGAAAGCUUACCGAUCGUGUCUUCGACUAUCAGGUGUACACAUCGCUCUCGGAGAACCAGGCGCACUAUGAAGCGUUGGGCGAUGUUAUCACGGAGUACGUGUACCAGCGGCUAGUGGAGCAGGAAGGCAUGAAGAAACUGUACGUUCCAGACGAUGUACCACCCGAGGAGGCUACGUUCAUCUUCAGCACCAAGGAAAAACUGGACAAACCGAAGAAACUGCUCGUGCUGAUACAUGGAAGCGGUGUUGUCCGGGCUGGCCAAUGGGCCCGUAGCUUAAUCAUCAACGAUUGUCUCGAUUCCGGCACGCAGAUACCGUACAUUAACAAGGGCCGGGAGCUAGGGUACGAUGUGUUGCUGCUAAACACGAACGAUAACUAUCGCACGGUCAAGGGAGGAGCACGGAAACCGAUCCGUGGUAGUCGCAAUCCAACCGAACAUGCCGUGACGGUGUUGGAGAAGUACAUCCGGGCAAGCAACCCAGAAUCGGUGGCGAUCGUAGCGCACAGCUACGGUGGUGUGGUGACGGUAGAGCUGGCGCAACGAUAUCCGGAAUUUUUCCGGGACAAAGUAUUUGCCGUAGGGUUCACCGACAGUGUUCACGCGAGUUCGCUCGUACCGGAGGUGUUGAAGAAGAUCGGACGCAACUGGGUGACGGCAAAGGAUCCACUCGACACCCCGCUGACCAUCACAAAGCACGAUAUUCCACGACACUCGGCUGGUCACAUCAAGCAUGAAAUGACAUCGUACAGUUGCAUGAGUGCACUUUUCGAAUUUCUCGAGAGUCGUUAUGCAGAAUUUCGGGGACGAAGAACCGAUACGGGAAGUGCCACUGAAUCACAGUCUAAGAAGGCGAAGGGAGACGAACUGUGA